UGGUCUAGCGAUUAAAAGUGCUUGUCUUUCAGUUGGUAGGACGUAUAAGAUACUGGUUCAAACCCAGCCAUGGACAGAGAAUUUGUAGCUCUGCCCACUCUCACUGCUUGUGGGCUGUGAGUGUCAGUCAACGACACUCGGACUAAAAUUUGUUGAAUACUGCUUGUCUUCCACCAAUGUGCUGCGUAUAUCUGCAUUUGACACGGAAGGUUUGUCAGUAAGUUUGCCAAAGGUCAGUGGUUUUCGCUGAGCACAUUUUUCUCCAUCUGUGAAACUUCACUGCUGUUAUAUAGGUUAAAAAUUGUUGAAUAUGGCACUGUAACAAUGAGCAGAUCAAUGAAGCUGGGCAUACAUGUAGAUCAACUUGCGAUUAUAAGCAACAUCAGUGUUGAGCGAGGUGUAAUGCCGUUUGUGUAUCACAAAAUACAUGAAGGUUGGCAAGCUCACUUAGAUUGACUAAAGCCAGUGCCCGAUUGGAUGCUCCUAGCUGUCUCCAGUUGCCAAAACCCCUGUUGCUCCUACUUACAAUUAAGGUCAAUCUUCUCCCAGUUUUAGUUCCUAACACUGGGUUUUAUAAAACGUUAUAUUAUUUGUCAUUUGAGUGUCAUCAAACAUGCUGUGUUACAAAUGUAUGUGUUUAUACGGUCAGUGUGUUUAUGCACUGGUGUGAAUAUGUACAUGCGACAAGCCAAUCAUUGUCCUUCAUGUCAAUGUUUUCCAUGCACUUCUCACUUAUCAAUACAUGUAAUGCAUGUAACCCCCAAACCCCCUGAGGAGAGUAAGUGGUCAGAAAUACUUGUGGCUGUUUGCACCAUUUAAAACCUCUUGUAUUCAAUCCCCUGGCUUUAUUUAUGGUUUCAGAGCCAAACCAGUAUGUAUUGGUAAUUUAGUAUGCAGAUGUAUACAUGUAUAAAUUUAUAACAACAAAAAUCUGCUGUUUAUAAAUUAAAAUAGAUCAAUCUUGUUUAUUAUGACACAUGUGCUAUUGAUGAUGGCCAGUGGUUUGAACAGUUUGCAUCCUCUAUUCACGUGUCAUUGACCUGCCAGGUUACUCAGGGUUGAGCGAACUCUAGGAUGAAAGCAGCUACCUCAUUAGCAUAUCGACAUCUGUUGUCUGGGUUUGGAUACCUGUGCCAGACUGUGCCCAUCUUAGUGGGGGUGGGCGUGGUCACAGUCACAGCAAUCUUAGCCAAGGUCUUCUUGUUCGGGGGCAAGAAGUCCAAGAAGUCUCCAGUCACCCUAGAAGACUCCACCAUCAAGUACCCAUUGAAGCUUGUGGACAAAGAAGAGGUGAGCCAUGACACCCGGAAGUUCCGCUUCGCCCUGCCCUCCCCUGCCCACAUUCUUGGUCUACCUGUGGGUCAGCACAUCUACCUGAGUGCCCGUAUCAAUGGGGAGCUGGUUGUGAGGCCAUACACACCUGUGUCCAGUGAUGAUGACAAGGGAUACAUGGACCUGGUCAUAAAGGUGUACUUCAAAAAUGUGCACCCCAAGUUCCCUGACGGGGGGAAGAUGUCUCAACACCUGGAGUCCAUGAGCAUCGGGGAUUACAUCGAUGUGCGGGGACCCAAUGGGCUGCUUAAGUACUCUGGAAAAGGUACCUUCUCCAUCCGACCAGACAAGAAGUCUCCUCCUCGUACUGUAACUGCUAAGAAGGUUGGAAUGAUUGCAGGUGGAACAGGAAUUACCCCGAUGUUACAGUUGGUCAGACAGGUGUUCAAGGACCCCGCUGACAAGACGGAGCUCUUCCUGCUCUUUGCCAACCAGACAGAGAAUGACAUCCUAUUGCGACCAGAGCUGGAAGAAGUGAAAAAUGCCCACCCAUCCCGCUUCCAUCUGUGGUACACCCUGGACCGUCCCUCAGAUGGCUGGGAGUACAGUAAAGGCUUUGUGAGUGACACCAUGAUCAAGGAGCACCUCCCAGGCCCAGGAGAUGACACCCUGAUCGUCAUGUGUGGACCACCACCCAUGAUCAAAUUUGCCUGUCUGCCAAACCUGGACAAACUCGGCUACUCGGAAAGUCAGCGGUUUGCCUACUAAAUUAGUUCAGAAAUGUCCUAUUCUAGAUAUUUUAGUGACUUUGCCGAUGCUUCAAUUGAGAGAGGAUGCCUGACUACUUGCUGGUUAGACCUAUACUUGGCUGUCUUCAGCAAUCACCGAAGUCCGGGCAAAUCACAGUAGUCAGAAUAAGAAGAGCUUUUGUAUUUUUUGUCCAGAUAUCAUGGUCACUUUGCUCCUGUGACUAUUUAUUAAAAAAAUUUAACUUUCACUUCUCAAUUUAGUCUUUAGUCAGUUUAUUUUUGCCAUGCUUGUUACACCUUGAGAAAGAAAAUACUAGACUAUUUGAUCAUUGUGGUGUUUAGUUUUAGUUAAGAGCUUGGUCAGAUAUGCAAAUACCUGUGUAAAUACACUAUCACUCUCAGGGUCAGUUAUUUAUAUACGAAUAAUGCCUGUUUGCAUUUUCCUUGCCAGCUAGAUUACAGAUUAAGUCUGGUGAGAACAAUAAAGUCUUCAGGUUGUUGAUGUGUUUUAUAAUUUCGUUAAUCAGAUGUCUGCCUGCUGAAUGUUAUUAUUGUUAUUGGAACAAGAUAAGUUUAAUGUGGAUGUCGGACACAAUUUCUGUUCAAGACUUCAAAAGUCAGUGUUUAUUUUUGUUCAAAUGUUGCUUUAAUUGUUUAGAACUUCUAUUGUAUUUAUAAAUUUAUACUAAAGCUGUAUUUACUUUCUUUGUGUGUAGUCAAAGUCUCAUAAGAAGACUGGGAAAUAAAAGGUUAUGAUUACUUUA